AUGUCUCGCGAAGAACAUCCCACACUCCGCAAGGUAUUUAACACAACCUUCGCACUUUCACAAGCAAUCACCAAAAAUAUGUCAUCAUCAGAACCUCUCCCCAGCUGCUCAAAUACAUCUUCAGUUCCAGCGGUAGUUGCAGUUCCAACAACAGGUCCAGCAACAAAGCUCCUCUCCAAACUCUUCAAAGAAAUGGAUGAACAAAGAACCUCGCAACCUAUCGAUUCUUCCUACAUCCUUCUUCCCAAUCCGCAUCGUUCCCAAACGGAAUCUCGAGCUAGAGCCAGAAUCCCCACAUCACCAGUCUCGGUGAAUUCUCCCAAUACCUCACAUCAAUCGCCUACGUCUUCAACGUGCCUUGCUCAUACAUCGGGGUUUUCACCUACAUUUCAAUAUUCACGUGAGCAUGCCGAUUCUAUCGAAAAUUUGGAGGAACUGGCCUCUAGGUUUAAGGAAAUUCAAACCACGAAUAGGAAAUUCAUCACUUCGGAUCCAAAGGUUAUCUCCAAUUCUCUUCCGAAUCCUAGGCUGAGAUCAUUCUCUAACUUCAGUGCUUCCUUGGGAGGUUUAUAUGAGGAAGAGUUUGAAGAUGCGUUGAAUAGGAAAAAGAAAAAGUUUGAUGAAAACUUUGGGAUGAUGGGUAGGGAUAUGAGACAGAUGAUUCCCAAGUUGGUUUCUGUUCCUGGUGCCGGUGGUAGAAAAGUGGAUAGGAAGGGCAAAGGGAAGGCCACAUCGGAUAACGAUCAAGAGGAAGAAGAUGCGAUCGAAAUUCUUCAAGAAUUAUUUGCGGAGUUGGAGGAUAAAGAGAGAGAUGCUAGUGAGGAUGUGUGGAAGAGUGCUCAGGAGUUUAUUGGUGAUGAUGAGAAGGAUAUUACUGAGAAGACAAACGAGUGCAAGGGAAAGGCCAAGGAAAAUGUCGAGGAAAGCGAUGUCAUUAUGAGCGUUCAAGACGAAAAGAUGGAAGCCAAAGAUACGGGCCUUGGUCUAAUAAUGUCUCAGGAAAUCAGCAUCUGCGACCAAGAAACGGAGGACAAUGGUGAUGAGCAUCGAGGUGAUCAGAUUAUUGAUGAGAACGAGGAGCACAACGCACAACUACUGGUACAACCGAAAUCCGAGAGCGGAUUCGAGGUCACGAAAUUCGAAGGAUUCGGCCAACAAGGCGAGGAAAACUGGACAAAAUCUGAGCACGACGUUCAAAAAAGCCGGAGUGAUACGAAAAUACAGAAGAACGACGACACGGCACAGAAAGUUGAUGCGAAGGUCGAAGACAAAAUACCCGCUCACUGCUCCCCUCCAACUAGCAAAGCUCCUUCCAUUGCCCCAUCCAGUUCCGGUUCUAGUACCAAUACUAGUACAGAUGAUGAUGAUAUGCAAAAAGAGGUUCCAGAAGUAGAGCUGGCGGCUUGGGCUACUGGGGUUAUGGUUACGGGGUUGUGGAUGAUUGAGAGGAAGACGAGACCUUCUUAG